ACAAAUUCUUAAAUUUUUUUUUUGUUUUUUUUUUCUUUAUUCUGCUCUAAAGUUUUUUUCUUUCUAUAAUUCAAAAUAAAAGAGGAAAAAACACUUUAUUAUUAUUAAAGUGUUUUUUUCGCUUUUGUUUUUCGCUUAUUAAUUUAUUAGAACAAUUACAACACUCUUGUCAUAAUUUUCACUAUUCAUACGGGCGUUAAUUUUCCGACAACUCCGAAAUAAUUUUCUUUAAUUUAUUUUAUUUUUCAUUAAAAAGCUUUAAAUGUUUGUUAGACCAAGUUUAGUUGGUGGUACCUUAGGGCGUUCAAAUUGGAAAUCAAUAAAAGAAUCUCCUUAUUUCGUUUUACAACAGAGAGGUAAUAACGCUCCUACUCAACAAAAUAAUAAUAAAAGAAGACAUUAUACCGAAUACAGAAUUAUAACUAAGGGUUUUCCACACUAUAGAGUUUCAGAUAAUGAUGAUUUAAAUCAGAUACAAGAUGCUUUUGAUAUAUUACAUGAUGAAGUGUUACCAGAGGUAGAAGGGAAAAAGACAUCAAAAAAAAUACUAAAACAACUAAAAUCAUGGUGUGCGAGUAAUGAAAAUUUGACAUUGCCUUCUGAUGAAGAAGGAGAUGGAUACGCCACAGAUACGUCAAUAACCCCAGAAGAAGGAAAUUCUUCAAAUGAAAUGGAGGAUCAAGAUAAUGAUAAUUAUCCAUUAGUGUCUCCUGAAGUUAAUAUAAGUAGCAAUUCUUCAUCAUCUUCAACAAAAUCCGAAAAUGCUGCUAUAAUAUCACUGACAACACCAAUAACUAAUAGUAAGGGGAAAUCAACAAUGAUUACUGUGGGAGAAGAUCAUGAUAUACCGGAACAAUUAGAUUUCACCGUAAAUAAUUCAGAUUCUUCAGAUACACAAUCAUCUGAUGGGUCAGACAACGAAGGAGGCGCAGGAGACGAGAAUAAUAUAAAUUCUAACGGUCCUGUGGUAGAUGAUUGGGUUUCUACAGGUGCCUCUAUGUUAGAUUCAUUAAUGGGCUGGUUAGAAGGUCCACCUUUGGAGAGCGCUAUCGCUUCUUCAUCAUCUUCAAGACAUGUUAAUAAUAAUGCAUCAUCUAAUAAUAAAAAUCAAACCAUCUUGGAUAUCCCAAUGCAAUUUAUUGAUUUAUUAACUUACCCAGAAAUUGACCCAAAGGCUUCUAAAAAAGCUUCCUUUGCAGUAUUGCGGGAGAUAUCGUUUGUAAAACAAAGACGAAAAGUGUUAUUUUUAAUUACAUCAUAUAUGUUUAUAAUGCGGUUAUGUUCGUUCGACUUAUUUUUGGUGUUGGUGUUCGCCAGUAAUUGUGCAAUGUUAUUCUUGAUGAAAAAUUCGGGAAAAGUUAAUGUUACCAUGGCAAAAAGGGCCGUUAGACAAAGAAUUGGAUGGGCUAAACAAUGGGCCGGUUCUUUAUUUAAGAAUAAAACUAAUAAUAUUGCGCAUAAUAUUACUGGACAAAGUAGUAGUAGGAAAAACAAUAACAUUAAUUCAAACGCUUAUAUUAAUACUGUUAAUACUGGAGCAAUAAAUAAUGUUGGUGCGGUAGGAGUUAAAAUUACUCCAACUUCACCAACACGAACUACAAAUAUGACGAAAUCGGCAUCACAGGAUGCUAUACAAAGUGGAAGUAUAAGUGAUACAACGCAUGGUGGAAACGUAUCAAACAAAAUUAUUAUACCUAAACGUGGAGUGUUUUUUCGUAAUAAAAAUAACCAAACGGGUACGACAUCGCAAACAUAUAAUAAGGAGGACAAAGUCAUCUCGUCAACUACGGAAACUUCACCUUUAACUGGAUCUUCUCUAUUACAAAAAUCGUCAUCAGAUUAUUCACUUCCAUCAACAGUUGGAGUGAAUCUUUCAGUACAAUCUUCAAAUCCUCAAUUUUCAUCACCUAUUUCAGGAGGAGGAGGAGGAAGUGUUAAUGAAUCAUCACAGUCAACCAAUACAUUUUCAAAUACAGCCAUAAUACAAAGUCCUACGACGAAAAGGAGAUUUUUUACUAAACUUCCUUCUUCUCCGUUACAAAGUGGAUUAAUUACAAAUACAUCACCAGAGAAUUUGAAUGAUUCUUCUUCCAACUAUAAACUAUCUCAAUCAGUAUCAACUUUUGCUAUAGCAAGUGUUACAAAUUCCACAGGAGGUAUUAUUGAAGCGGUAAAUGGAAAUGAAGGUAGUAAUGAAGGAUUACAGCAAAUUAAUAAUAAUGGUCCAACGUUUACCACUGAUAGCGAUUUAAUAGCUAAUGAUUCUUAUUGCGAAGGUUGAUCUGUUAUAUAUUACAUAUACAUUCAAUGCAUUUAGAUAACGAACAAAAUUCAACAUCUUGUAAAUUAACGGUCGUAGAAUAGAGUUUGUCAUUUAGUAAUGAUAAUUUAGCGGGUUUCAAAU